UUAUUUGGGCUACAUUUUUUUGUUAGCGCGCGUGCUGUGAACGCCGCUGAAUGAUAGCUCUGAGUGCAUUGUUAACCAAGUACACGAUCGGUAUUAUGAGCAAUCUAAGCAAUGGCAAUCCACAACAGCAACAGAACCAGCAGCAACAACAGCAGCAGCCAGCAAAUGCAGCAGCAGCAGCAGCAGGCCAGGGGAACGCUGUGGGUGGGGGUGCAGGUGUGGGCAUAGAACUGCCAGCCCCUGCUCCGCCCGGACUAGGGGCUGCUGUGGGCGUGGCGGCGGUACAGCGACAACGUCUGCUCCAGCAGGCGCAACAGAACACCGCCGCCGAGGGCAGUGGCCUGGAACGAGGAAGCUGCCUGCUCCGCUAUGCCUCACAAAACUCCCUGGACGAGAGCUCCCAGAAGCACGUCCAGCGGCCCAACGGCAAGGAGCGCGGCACAGUGGGACAGUACAGCAACGAGCAGCACACAACACGCUCCUUCGAUGCCAUGAACGAGAUGCGCAAACAAAAACAACUCUGUGAUGUCAUAUUGGUGGCCGAUGAUGUGGAGAUUCAUUGUCAUCGCAUGGUCUUGGCCUCGUGCAGUCCGUACUUCUAUGCAAUGUUCACCAGCUUCGAGGAGUCGCGUCAGGCGCGGAUCACACUGCAGAGCGUGGAUGCACGCGCACUGGAAUUGCUCAUUAAUUAUGUGUACACGUCCACGGUGGAGGUGAACGAGGAUAAUGUACAGGUCCUGCUGACGGCCGCCAAUCUGCUGCAGCUCACGGAUGUGCGUGAUGCCUGCUGUGAUUAUCUGCAGACCCAACUAGAUGCCAGCAAUUGUCUGGGCAUACGCGAAUUUGCCGAUCUACAUGCCUGCGCGGAGCUGCUCAACUAUGCCGAGACCUACAUCGAGGAGCAUUUCAACGAGGUUAUCCAGUUCGAUGAGUUUCUGAAUCUGUCGCACGAGCAGGUUAUCAACCUGAUAGGAAACGAUUGCAUUUCGGUGCCAAAUGAGGAGCGCGUCUACGAGUGUGUCAUCGCCUGGCUGCGCUACGAUGUGCCCAUGCGUGAGCAGUUCACCUCGGCCCUCAUGGAGCAUGUGCGCCUGCCGUUCCUCUCCAAGGAGUACAUCACACAGCGCGUGGACAAGGAAAUGCUGCUGGAGGGGAAUAUUGUGUGCAAGAAUCUCAUCAUCGAGGCCCUCACCUACCACCUGCUGCCCACGGAGACGAAAUCCGCGCGCACUGUGCCCCGCAAGCCGGUGGGCAUGCCCAAGAUCUUGCUGGUGAUUGGCGGCCAAGCGCCCAAGGCCAUACGUGCCGUCGAGUGGUACGAUCUGCGCGAGGAGAAGUGGUAUCAGGCCGCCGAGAUGCCCAAUCGUCGCUGCCGCUCAGGGUUGAGUGUGCUCGGGGAUAAGGUCUAUGCCGUGGGUGGCUUCAACGGUGCGCUGCGUGUCCGCACUGUGGAUGUCUACGAUCCGGCCACCGAUCACUGGGCCAAUUGCUGCAACAUGGAGGCCAGGCGAUCCACCCUGGGCGUGGCUGUGCUCAAUGGCUGCAUCUUUGCCGUGGGCGGAUUCGAUGGCACCACGGGACUCUCCAGCGCGGAGAUGUACGACCCAAAGACUGAUAUCUGGCGCUUCAUUGCAUCCAUGUCCACGCGUCGCAGUUCCGUGGGUGUGGGCGUCGUUCAUGGCCUGCUCUAUGCCGUCGGCGGUUACGAUGGCUUCUCCCGGCAGUGCCUGUCCUCCGUGGAGCGUUACAAUCCCGACACAGACACCUGGUCUGCCAUCGCCGAGAUGUCUUCCCGUCGCAGUGGAGCCGGCGUGGGAGUGCUGAACAACAUCCUGUAUGCGGUGGGUGGCCACGAUGGGCCCAUGGUCCGCAAAUCCGUCGAGGCCUACGACUGCGAGACGAACACCUGGAGCUCUGUGUCGGACAUGUCCUACUGUCGCCGCAAUGCCGGCGUGGUGGCCCACGAGGGACUGCUCUAUGUGGUUGGGGGCGAUGAUGGCACCUCCAAUUUGGCCUCCGUUGAGGUCUACUGCCCUGAGUCGGACAGCUGGCGCAUUUUGCCCGCUCUGAUGACCAUUGGACGCAGCUAUGCGGGCGUCUGUAUGAUCGAUAAGCCCAUGUGAAUGGAAGAGCAGGGUGCAUUGGCACGCCAAGCGGCAUCGCUGGCCAUAGCACUGAUGGAUGAUGAGAAUAGCCAGGCUGAGGGUACCAUGGAGGGUGCCAUUGGUGGUGCCAUUUAUGGCAAUAUUCCACCAGUUGGAGCAGCUGCAGCAGCAGCUCCAGUCCAACCAUCGGCAGCACCUCAGCCACCAAAUCAUCCACACUACGAGAACAUCUAUGCGCCAAUCGGUCAGCCCAUUGUGGCCGCCGCCAAUGUCAAUGCCCCUGCAAAUGUUGAGGAAGCUCAACAGCCACCAGCCCAACAGGCAGCCCAACAGGCGCCUCAACCAGCGCCAACAGAAGCCAAUGCCAACAUUAAUCCCUCCCUACUGCCAGGACCCACACCACCAGCUGCACAAGCAGCGCCACAGCAACGCGUACUGCCAAUGAACAACUAUCGCAAUGAUUUGUACGAUCGAUCCAUUGCUGGUGCUGGAAUCCUCGGUUCCAGCGCCGCUGUGGCUGCGGCAGCCUACGACGUGCCACGAGCCGUGCGCUCAGGUCUGGGAUACCGUCGAAACUUUCGCAUAGAUAUGCAGAAUGGCAAUCGCUAUGGAACCGGACUGCGUUGCACCCCACUCUAUGCCAACAGUCGCUCGAAUUGUCAGCGACAGCGCAGCUUUGACGACACCGAAUCCACCGAUGGCUACAAUCUGCCCUAUGCCACAGCCGGCACCAUGCGCUAUGAGAAUAUCUACGAACAGAUACGGGACGAGCCCAUCUAUCGACCCACUGCCGCCAACCGAGUGCCGCUCUAUACACGCCUCGAUGUGCUGGGGCACGGCAUAGGACGAAUCGAACGACACCUGAGCUCCUCCUGCGGCAACAUUGAUCACUACAAUCUGGGCGGCCACUACGCCGUGCUGGGACACUCGCAUUACGGCACAGUUGGGCACAUACGCCUCAAUGCCAAUGGGGCAGGUGGCACGGCCGCGAGUGGAGUGGGAAGCAGCGCCUGCAACGUGCCCAGCUGUCAGGCGUAUAUGGGCAGUGCCAGUGCCGCUGCUGCUGCGGCUGCAGCUGCUGGCAUGGAGUACGGCAAAGUGCCAGUGCCCGUGAAGAACAGCGCAUCGAGUUUCUUUAGUUGCCUGCACGGCGAGAACUCGCAGAGCAUGACAAACAUUUACAAGACCACAGCAGCGGCGAUGGCUGCGCACAACUCUCCGCUAACGCCGAAUGUGUCCAUGGAACGUGCCGCACGCUCUGCCUCCGCUGGAGCCGCAGGCGCUGUCGUAGAGGAUCCAUCUGUACCGGAGAGCGCUUCCAGUUCAUCAGUGAGCAGUGCCAUACGCCCAACAGGAGCCAUACCCAAAGUGAAGGCGGCCAACAAGACGACCAAGGAGUCGUCUGCGUCUUCCACUUCCUCAUCCACCGCUGGCUUGGACAAAAGCGGAUCCACGUCGUCGGUCAAAAGUGGUUCAAGUGCGGCCGUCAAAAGCGGUUCAGCUGCGACCGUCAAGAGUGCUUCAAGUGCGUCCGUCAAGAGUGCCGCCUUGGCCAAGAAAACCACAGCGACCGCAGCCCGUUCGAGUUCGUCGGCAGAUGCCAACGGCAAUGGCACGCUGAACCGCAUAUCCAAGUCCAGUUUGCAGUGGCUGCUGGUGAACAAAUGGCUGCCACUGUGGAUGGGCCAGGGUCCCGAUUGCAAGGUCAUCGACUUUAACUUUAUGUUUUCGCGUGACUGCGUUAGCUGCGACACAGCCUCCGUGGCCUCGCAGAUGUCGAAUCCCUAUGGCACACCACGUUUGGGCGGCUUGCCCCAGGACAUGGUACGCUAUCAGAGCUCUUGCAAUGGUUCCUGUGCUGCGUCGCCUGCUUCCUCCUCGAUGCGUCGGGAUCCAAAUGCAGCAGCACGUCCGCUGCACAGCACCUUGAGUCGAUUGCGCAGUGGAGCCGACAAGCGUAAUCAGAAUGGAGCAGCAGCAGCAGCAGCGAAUUAUAGAUACGAGGAUCCUUCGUAUGAGAAUGUGCAUGUUCAGUGGCAGAAUGGCUUCGAGUUUGGACGCUCGCGUGACUACGAUCCCACCUACCAUCAUCAGCGUCCAAUGCUGCAGCGUGCCAGGUCCGAGAGUCCCACAUUCAGCAACCAACAGCGACGCCUGCAACGUCAGGCAGCUCAGGCACAGGCAGCCCAGGCACAACCAUCGGCCGCCAAACCGGGCGAUCCCUUCAAGAACUACAAACUGAAUGCGGAGAACAAUAGUUUCAAGCCGAAGCCGCCAGUUCCCAGUGGAAUUGCCGACGAACUCGAGGGCGCUGUGGGUGGUGCAGUGUCUGUGGAAGUGUCUGUCGCGGAAGUGGAGGCAGAGCUGCCCGUGGAUCCACCCGUCAAUUUGAGUGAUAAUGAGACUGAGACAACCAGCAGUCAAAAUAACCCUCAAUGCCCUGCCAACAGCAGCAGCAGCCAGAAUAAUGUGAAUGAAAAUCACGACUAAGAUCGGUUGUAGCUUAAUUUGUUUUUUAAGAGCAGCUUUUAAUUUUCUCAUUUCAAUUCUGUGUUCAUUUUAGCGUCAGUCAAAAAGAUUUCCACAACGCUGCUUCUCUCCUCAAAAUUGGAUCUCAAAAAAUGAAAAAUAAUCUAAAUCGA